UCUCCAACUUGUUCUACCACAUAACUCUCUUUACUAAUAUAGAGAAAACAAUCAAAAGAAAGUGAAAGCAGUAUUAAAGAGAGAUGGGAAACAGUCUAAGGUGUUGUCUAGCUUGUGUUCUUCCAUGUGGAGCACUAGAUUUGAUCAGGAUCGUUCAUCUAAACGGCCACAUUGAUGAGAUCACACGGUCUAUAACCGCCGGAGAGAUCCUCCAAGCAAACCCAAACCAUGUCCUAAGCAAACCAUGUUCUCAAGGUGUUGUCCGUAAGAUCUUGAUCUUGUCCCCUGAAUCCGAGCUCAAGCGAGGAAGUAUCUAUUUUCUCAUUCCUGACUCUUCCUUGCCGGAGAAGAAAAGAAGGAGAAAAGAAGGUCACAGUCCGAACAAGACUCCCAACAACAACCCUAAGGCUGACCUCGGAGAAGUUAAAGAUGUGAAACAGUGUGAGAAGUACUUGGAAGGAGUUGUGUCGUCCACGUCAAAUGGUAAAGAACAACGUCAUCGCCGGCGGCACAGCAGAUCGGUGUCAGUAUCCUCGUGGCAGCCUCACCUUGACAGUAUCUCUGAGGAUCUUAAUUAAUUACUCUUCCCUUUACCUCUUUAUAUUUUUUCUAGCUAAUGGGGUGUUUUUUUUUCCGGGAGCCGGAUUUUUAUUUUCGAGAGAUUUUUAUUUUGUUUUUCUUUUGUGAAAAAUCUCACAAAAAGAAUUAUAUAAUGUGGAUAAGUUAUCUGUUGAAUCAUGGUGUAGUAAUUUAUAGUUACGAAAAAUUAUUAUAUUUCAA